AUGGGUCUGGCAGUUCUUCGGAUGGUUCUGUCUCCUGAACACAACCUCGAAUUUGACCUCAGGUCUGUCUCUUUCUCUCCUUCAGACUCUAAAGCCAUCGUGGAUGGGAACCUGAAGCUGAUCCUGGUCUGGUUGGACUCUGAUUCGCACUACCUACCAUUCACAUAUCAAACAAAAAAUAACUGUGGAAAUAGAAAGACGCACCCUAAACAGCUGGGCUGGAUCCAACACAAAGUCCCUGAUCUGCCAAUCAACAACUUCAGCCAAGACUGGAGGAAUGGCAAGGCACUGGGAGCACUGGUAGACAGCUGUGCACCAGGCCUGUGUCCAGACUGGGAGACCUGGGAUCCAGUGAAACCAGUGGAGAAUGCCACUGAAGCCAUGCAGCUGGCCGAUGACUGGCUGGGCAUCCCACAGGUGAUGGCUCCAGAGGAGAUGAUAGAUCCCAGUGCUGAUGAACAGUCCAUGAUGACCUACCUGUCUCAGUUCCCCAAAGCCAAACUGAAGCCAGGAGCUCCACUCAAACCCAAACUCAACCCCAAGAAGGCCCGCGCAUACGGACCAGGUAUUGAGCCGACGGGGAACAGGGUGCUGCGUCCUGCUGUGUUCACCGUGGACGCGUUCAGCGCCGGUCAGGGUCAGGUCACCGUCUACCUGGAUCAUCCCGACGGCACCAGAGAGGAGCUGAACGCGGAGCCUAAUGAGGGCAAGAAGACCUUCAGCGUCACUUAUAUUCCUCAAGUCGUGGGACCUCACAAGGUGACGGUGAUGUUUGCAGGCCAGCCGAUUCCCAAAAGUCCGUUUGAGGUGAACGUGGACAAGGCGCUGGGCGACGCCUCCAAGGUCACAGUCAAAGGCCCGGGAAUCGAACCUGUGGGCAACAUCGCCAACAAACCCACCUACUUUGACAUCUACACUGCAGGAGCCGGUACGGGAGAUGUGACGGCCAUGAUCCGAGACCCUCAGGGCCGCCAGAACAGCGUGGAGGUGAUGAUGGAGGAUAAGGGCGACAGCACAUAUCGCUGCACCUACAAGCCCACCCAGGCGGGCCCGCACACUGUCACGGUCACCUUCGGAGGGGUGGGGAUCCCCAGGAGCCCCUUCGGUGUGGACGUGGGGCCUGCUUGCAUGCCGGGGUCGUGCAGGGCGACCGGUCGUGGUCUGCAGCCGUCGGGGUUGAGGGUGAAACAGGUCGGUGACUUCAAGGUGGACACCAGAAACGCCGGCAGUGGAGACCUCAAGGUGCUCGUCAAAGGACCCAAGGGCAUCGAGGAGCCGGUGAAGCAGAUCUCCAGUCAGGACGGUGUGUUCUCCUAUGAGUAUUAUCCAAACAGUCCUGGCAAACACACAGUCUCAAUCACCUGGGGGGGUCAACACAUCCCGAAGAGUCCAUUUGAGGUGACGGUGGGUCGGGAAGCUGGGCCUCAGCAGAUCAGGGCUUGGGGUCCUGGCCUGGAGGGAGGCAUUGUGGGUAAACCUGCCACCUUUGUAGUGGAGUCUGUCGGCACUGAUGUCGGAGUGCUGGGUUUCGCCAUCGAGGGACCUUCUCAGGCUAAAAUCGAGUGCGAGGACCAGAACGACGGCUCGUGUGACGUCCGUUACUGGCCGACAGAGCCCGGAGAAUAUGCCGUCCACGUGACUUGUGAUGAGGAGGACAUCGAGAACAGCCCCUUCAUGGCCCACAUCGUCCAAGACAACAACGCCAGCGACCCAGAUAAGGUUCAGGCUUUCGGGCCGGGGCUUGAGAGGACCGGCUGCCUGGUCAGCCAACCUGCCGAGUUCACUGUCAGCGCUAAGGAUGCUGGGAAAGGACCUCUGAGGAUCAUGGCUCAGGACGCAGAGGGCCUACCUGUGGAGGUGAAGGUGAGGAGUAAAGGUGAGGGGCUGUACUCGUGCUCCUACACGCCCGCCUCUCCUCUCAAACACACCGUGGCCGUCGCCUGGGGAGGUGUCAGCGUCCCCAACAGCCCCUUCAGGGUAAACGUGGGUAAAGGCAGCCACCCCAAGAUGGUGAAGGUGUUCGGUCCUGGAGUGGAGAGAACCGGACUGAAGGCCAACGAGCCCACGCACUUCACCGUGGACUGUUCAGGAGCUGGAGAUGGUGAUGUCAGCGUGGGCAUUAAGUGUGACAUGGUCGGUGACAAAGAGGCCGAUGUGGACUUUGACAUCAUCCCCAACGCCAACGACACAUUCACGGUCAAAUACAUGCCUCCUGCUGCUGGAAAACUCACCGUUAAAGUCCUGUUCACUGACAAGGAAGUUCCCCAGAGCCCAUUUAACGUCAAAGUAGAUCCUUCCCACGAUGCAUCGAAGGUCAAAGCAGAGGGUCCUGGACUGGCUCGCACUGGUGUAGAGAGCGGUAAGCCGACCCAUUUCACAGUGUUGACUAAAGGAGCAGGUAAAGCCCCGCUGGACGUUUCCUUCUCCUCCCCAGUCAGUGACUUUGAAAUCAUCGAUAACUACGACUACUCCCAGACUGUCAGAUACACACCUGUACUACAGGGGGAGCAGAAGAUCAUGGUGACAUACGGACAGGAUCCCAUCGCCAAGAGCCCCUUCGUGGUCAGCGUGGCUGCACCGCUGGAUCUGAGCAAAGUCUCUGUGGACAACCUGGAUGGAAGAGCUGAGGUUGAUCAGGAGCAGCAGUUCAUGGUGGACACUAAGGGGGCAGGAGGUCAAGGUCUCCUGGAGGUGGCAGUGCUGAGUCCCAGCCAGCGGGCAGUGAAGUGUAAAAUGGAGCCUCAGCCCGGUAAAGCAGACGUCAGUCUGGUCCGUUUCACCCCCACAGAGGAGGGGGUCCACGCUGUCAACGUGUCCUACGACGGACACCCGGUCCCUGGGAGCCCCUUCCCUGUGGAGGCCCAGCUGCCUCCAGACCCCAGCAAGGUGAAGGCCUUCGGUCCUGGUCUGAAGGGCGGUCUGGUAGGAAACCCUGCAGAGUUCACCAUCGACACCAAGGGCGCCGGCACCGGUGGUCUGGGUCUGACGGUGGAGGGGCCGACCGAGGCCAAGAUCGAGUGUUCGGACAACGGAGACGGGACCUGCUCCGUGUCCUACCUGCCCACCGAGCCCGGGGACUACCUGGUCAACAUCCUGUUUGAGGAGGUCCACAUCCCGGGCUCGCCAUUCAAAGCCGACAUCCAGAUGCCCUUUGACCCCUCUAAGGUUGUGGCGUCGGGGUCGGGCCUGAAAAGAGCCAAGGUUGGAGAGACCAGUGUGGUGAACGUGGACUGUUCCCGGGCCGGACCGGGACAACUCAGCCUGGAGGCGGUACCAGACUCCUCCCAGACCAGUCCUACCGGCUUAGCACCAGGCUCUGGUGUUAAAGCGAAGACGGAGGUGGUGGACAACAAAGACGGGACCUACACAGUGACCUACGUCCCCCUGACCGCCGGCAUGUACACCCUGCUGCUGAAGUACGGAGGAAAGGCCGUCCCCGGUUUCCCUGCCAAGGUGACGGUGGAUCCUGCCGUCGACACAUCCAAAGUCAAAGUGUUCGGACCCGGAGUGGAAAGACAAGCUGUUUUCAGAGAAGCCACCACAUCGUUCACGGUGGACGCGCGUCCUCUGAGCCGGCGAGGAGGAGACCACGUGAAGGCGGAGGUCAGGAGCCCGUCCGGCGCGCUGACAGACAGUCCGAUUACCGACAACGCGGACGGGACCUACACCGUGGAGUACACGCCGUUUGAGAACGGCGUCCACAGCGUCCAGGUUCUGUAUGACGACACAGCGGUUCCUAAGAGCCCGUUCAGGGUGUCUGUGUCGGAGGGAUGUGACCCCAGCAGGGUGGUGGCUACCGGCCCCGGGCUGCAACAAGCCCUGACGGACAAGCCCAACAACUUCAACAUCAUCACCAGAGGGGCAGGUAUUGGCGGUCUCGGCAUCACCGUGGAGGGUCCGUCAGAGUCGAAGAUGUCUUGCAAAGACAACAAAGAUGGCAGCUGCAGCGUGGAGUACGUUCCCUUCACCCCCGGCCUCUACGACGUCAACAUCACCUACGGAGGAGAGCACAUCCCCGGAAGUCCAUUCAAGGUCCCUGUGAAGGACGUGGUGGACUCCAGUAAGGUCAAGGUGUCUGGUCCCGGUGUUGGGUCAGGGGUCAGGGCCAAACUCCCACAAUCCUUUAUGGUGGACUGCAGGAAGGCCGGUGUGGCGGCGCUGGCCGUGGCCAUCACGGCUCCUAAAGGUGUCGCGGAACCGGUGGAGGUGACGGACAACGGAGACGGGACCCACCUGGUGUCCUACACGCCGUCGGUGGAGGGACCGUACUCGGUGGCUGUCCAGUACGCAGAGGAGGACGUCCCACGCAGGUACUCAGCAGUACUGCAGUAUAGAGGCGCUAAUGUUCAUUUCCUGCUUCCGCUCCAGGACCAGGAUGGUAAACCUAAGCAGGCCGGUAUCCACGACAACGGAGACGGGACGUACCUGGUGUCUUACACCCCCGACCGUACGGGCCGCUACACCAUCGUCGUUAAGUACGGCGGCGACGACAUCCCCGCCUCGCCUUACAGAGUCCGCGCCACGGCAACCGGAGACGCCAGCAAGUGCACCGUCAGCGGUCCAGGUGUGGGUCCCACGGUGUCCAUCGGCGAGGAGCUGGGCCUGGUGGUGAACGCUAAGGCUGCUGGGAAAGGGAAGGUGAGCUGCGUGGUGGUUCAGCCCGACGGCAGCGAGGUGGAGGCCGAGGUCCUGGAGAACGAGGACGGCACCUUCGACAUCUUCUACACCGCGCCAGCGCCGGGCAACUACGUCAUCUACGUCCGCUUCGGAGGGGAAAACAUCCCUCGCAGUCCCUUCAAAGUCAUGGCUACUGAUGAGGUACCCAUGAUGCAAGAGAAGAGGUCUCUACAGCAACAGGCCUCCCUCGGAGCUGGCUUCCAGCCCUGGGUGACAUCAGAUGGCUACGAGCCAAUGGGCAGCAGUGUUAACGGCAGCGGUUUCAGACCGUUCGACAUGGUGAUACCUUUCUCCUUCAGAAAGGGAGAAAUCACAGGUGAGGUGCUGAUGCCUUCAGGUAAAUCAGCUCAGCCCGUGAUCUCAGACAACCUGGAUGGGACGGUCACAGUGCAGUACUCGCCCACUGAGGCCGGCCUGCACGAGAUGCACAUUAAAUACAACGGCACACACAUCCCAGAGUCUCCCCUUCAGUUCUAUGUGAACAACGCCAGUAGUCCCAACGUCACGGCCGAUGGUCCUGGUCUGAGCUACGGCAUCGCCAACAAGACGGCCAUGUUCACGGUCUUCACAGAGGACGCCUCUGAAGGGGGUCUGGACUUGGCCAUUGAGGGUCCGUCCAAAGCAGAGAUCAGCUGUGUGGACAACAAAGACGGGACGUGCAGCGUCAGCUACCUGCCCACUCUGCCCGGAGACUACAACAUCCUGGUCAAAUACAACGGCAAGCACAUCGCCGGGAGCCCAUUCACCGCCAGGAUCACUGAGGACAACCAGCGGCGCUCUCAGGUCAAGCUGGGCUCUGCGGCAGAUUUCUCUCUGGACAUCAAUGAGACGGACCUGAGCCUGCUGACCGCCAGCAUCAUGGCGCCCUCCCGUGACGAGCCCUGCCUGCUGAAGAGGAUGGCCAACAACCACAUCGGUAUCUCCUUCAUUCCCCGGGAGGUGGGUGAACACCGGGUCAGCAUCCUGAAGAACGGGCGCCACGUUGCCAACAGUCCCAUCACCAUCAUGGUGGUCCAGUCUGAGAUCGGCGACGCCAGCCAGGUCAAAGCUCACGGUGACGGCCUCGUCCAGGGAACCACCUUCAACAACGCCAGCUUUGUGGUCGACACGCGGGAAGCCGGUUAUGGCGGCCUGGCUCUGUCCAUCGAAGGUCCCAGUAAGGUGGACAUCCAGACCGAGGACUUGGAGGACGGGACUUGUGCCGUUACCUACUGUCCUACUGAACCAGGAAACUACAUCGUCUCAAUCCGCUUCGCAGAACAACACGUACCAGGAAGUCCGUUCACAGUGCGGGUGACAGGGGAGGGUCGUAUCCGGGAGAGCAUCACCCGACGACAGAAGGCAGCGUCUGUUUCCAGCGUGGGCAGUGUGUGUGACCUCAGUCUGAAGAUACCAGCGAUCGACAUGCAUGACGUCACCGCUGAGGUCACUUCCCCCUCUGGAGCCCGUCAGCCUGCCGAGCUGGUUGCUGCAGGUAACGACACCUACUGUGUGCGCUUCGUGCCCACAGAGAUGGGUGUGCACAGCGUGAGCGUGAGGUACAGGGGCGUGCACGUGCCGGGCAGCCCCUUCCAGUUCACUGUGGGCCCGCUCGGAGAGGGAGGGGCCGCCAAGGUGAGAGCAGGAGGUCCCGGACUGGAGGGAGCACUGGCAGGAGAGCCAGCUGAGUUCAGUAUCUGGACGAGGGAGGCGGGGGCUGGAGGUCUGUCCAUCGCCGUGGAGGGACCCAGCCGGGCGGAGAUCUCAUUCGACGACCGCAAAGACGGAUCCUGUGGCGUCUCUUACAUCGCUCAGGACCCCGGUGAUUAUGAGAUUUCGGUGAAGUUCAACGACCAGCACAUACCUGACAGCCCCUACCUUGUUCCUGUUGUCGCUCCAGCGAACGAUGCUCGCCGCCUCACUGUUGCCGGCCUUCAGGAGUCUGGUCUGAAGGUGAAUCACCCAGCAUCCUUUGCGGUCCGUCUGAACGGAGCACAGGGCAAGAUGGAGGCCAAAGUCCACAGCCCCUCUGGAGCUCUGGAGGAGUGUGUCGUCACCGAGCUGGAAAAAGACAAGUACGCUAUCCGGUUCAUCCCCAGGGAGAAUGGUGUCCACACCAUCGACGUCAAGUUCAACGGCUCCCACAUCCCUGGAAGUCCUUUCCAGGUCCGAGUCGGUGAACCAGGACAGACUGGAGAGCCCGGUCUGGUCUCAGCUUACGGAGCUGGACUGGAGAGAGGCACGACAGGUAGCCAGUCAGAGUUCGUCAUUAACAACACUAAGGCGGGCCCCGGGGCCUUGUCCGUGACCAUCGAGGGUCCGUCCAAGGUAAAGAUGGACUGCAAGGAGGUUCCAGAGGGCUACAAGGUGCAGUACACCCCCAUGGCGCCUGGAAACUACCUGAUCAGCAUCAAAUACGGAGGACCGAACCACAUCAAUGGCAGUCCCUUCAAGGCCAAAGUCACAGGUUCUCGGCUGGUGAAUGUGACCAACGCCAGCGAGACUUCGACCCUGACGGUGGAUCCAGCAGUACGGGCUUCCAGCAGCAGCUUCACCCAGAGUGCCAUGCCCAGGCUGGGCGACUCGGACGCCAGCAAGGUGAUGAGCCGAGGUCCCGGCCUCAGCAAGGCCUUCGUGGGCCAGAGAAGCAACUUCUCCGUAGACUGCAGCAAGGCCGGUAAGAACAUGCUCCUGGUGGGUGUGCACGGUCCUCAGGUCCCCUGUGAGGAGGUCCUGGUCAAACACUUGGGCAGCCUGCAGUACAACGUCAGCUACAUGCUAAAGGAGCGGGGCAACUACAUCCUGGUUGUCAAGUGGGGCGACGACCACAUCCCAGGCUCCCCCUUCAACGUCACCGUCCCAUGAGGCUCCGAGAAACCCAUCGUCACUCCUCCUGCACCAUUUUGCAUCUGUUGUCUGAGUGGACACAUUAGUUGCACUGCAAAUAACUGUCCAAUCAACAAGUUGCUUAACAAAAUUCUUACACAAUUGAUUUACUUGUUUUUCAAUCUGCCAAACUGCGCUCAGAAAUUCUUAAGAAGAGACUUAAAAUUUUAAUGGAAGACAAAAUGAACACAUCCAUGAGUGGAGACUGUUCUCUGUUAGUUGGACACUGUAUUGUGCAGUGAAUCAGGGAGACAAAAUGGUAAAACAUACUAUAAUCUGGCCUAAAACUGGAGCUGUAAAGAAAAUAGAGGGAGAAAUAUGAUUCAGAAAGAGAGAUCUCAUCUCUUUUUGCUGCCCUGAAAUGAUCAGUUGACAAACUUUGCACUUGACAAUAGUUUUUCUUCUUGAUACUUGGUAAAUUAAAGAUAGCUUGACGUUAGUUGGUGAAAAUGUCUCGAUACAACAGCUCGGUGUCCAUGCAUAUUUUCAAAAUGUUAAACCUAGAUUUGUAAAAGGUUGGGACAGAAACAAGUAGAGCCAAAUUUUGAAAAAAUAACUGGAAGUACAGAGCACUUUGCUUCAGGUUACACAGUGCCAGGAACGAAAUGAAAAUGAGACCCAUUUGACCUUUUUAGUGUUUUUGAUUGUGUACCAGGGAGCUAAACGACCAGCUUCUGAAUCAUUUUGAAUCCUCCGGUUUUCUCUCUCAGACCGUUUGCCCUUUCUCAACAAAAUUCUGAAGGGCUGUGAAUGACACAAAUGAUUUAACAUCUCAAUUAGAAGAAGAAAACUGGAAUACUCCUUUUGGUUAAUUGUCAGUAUGAUGUUUGUUUUAAAGUGUGGACGGACUACACUUGCUCCGACAGCAAGCGUCUAAACUGUAUGCGACUACUGAUGUUUAUUGUUGAUUUCUAAGCUCCCAGAAUCCCAUGAGUACAUAUUGAAGAGUACAUAUUGUUGCCAUAACGAAUCACUGACUGUUAAAGCUGCCUUCACACUGCUGUUUCCCGCGGUGUACAACAGACUACUUAAUGUUGUGCUAGAGUUUUGAGUUCUUUGCUGUUUUCUGUUGUUCUUUCAGCUGUAUUUUUCACACGAACAGAUCUGACUUUUGACUUUGUGCCUCGGUUCUGACUUUGGAAGUUAAUAAGCAGGAUUUCAGAUUUGUUAUUGAUGUUAAUCAAAGUCUAUCUAUCAUCCAAUCAAUCAAUCGGUAUUUCUCUGCCAGUGCACGUGUUUGAUUGUACUUUCACUGUAAAGUCAAUUACUGCAUAAAAUGCUAAAAUAUUACAUCAAAACUCAGAUCUGAGCUGAAAGAUUAGAGGUCAGAUUUUUGGUUUGUAUGUCCAUCCUGUAGAAGUCAGCAUGAAUCUGUCUUCAUGUCUUACCUGGGUGGUGUUGCCUACUCAUUGCUACUUUUGCUACUUACUGUAAUGGAUGAGAGGAUUUUUGUAUGGGGAUAGAGAACUCCUUUUGUAUUAGGGAAUGGGUAUUGUUAUGUGAAACUUAACCCUAAGAUGAUGUACAUUUGAUAAUUAAAAUCAACUGGAAUUAA